AGCUCUCACUCUCAGGCUAACGUCCCGGCCUGGUGCCAGGAAAACAGUUGAAGGCGAGUUCUUCAAGCGCCGAGCUGCAAGACACAGUCCUAACAAUAAACACCUGCAAGUGGCGGACAUGGACUCUUCUCGUGCAUACUAGUUCUGGAGGCGCUUCAUGGACGUUAACCGUUUCCUGUUUGGUGAAGCACUGGAGACUCAGAAUAGCACGUCGAUUAAAACCACAACCCGCCCCCGUUUUGGCUUGCGAUGAUCAUGAACUAAUUGACUUCUAAAACGCGUAUGCAGCGCGGCAUAACCCAAGCCGUGGCUGCAGGGUGCUGGUUAGCAUCGAAGCUGUUCGGUUCAGGCGGCAGUGAUCCCAACCCAACUUACGCUGCGAUCCAAGAACGCGAGUGGGCUGAGGCAGAGCGAGAUCGGGCCAUCAAAGACCUUGCUAAUACGAGGGCGCAGGUCACGCAGCUCGUGCAAACCAUUCAAGGGAUGCAGAAUAGGGCACUUCAGUUCCAGCAAGAUGCUUUAUCGGCGGCCGCAGUUGCGCAGCAGAGAAACCAGGAGCAAAUGACGGCCAUGGUUGCUGCCGAGAGAGCUGCAAAUGCCGCCCGCUUUGCCGCAGAAAAUGCUGCACGACUUGCAACGGAGGAGUCCAAGAAUAAGGCCAAAGAAGCUGAGGCCGAGAGGCAGCGUACCCAAGCUGCUAUGGAAGGAGCUCGAAGAGCGGUCGAAGCUGUUCAGCAAGACGCCGAGCGUCUUCAGAGGGCAGCCGAAGAAGAAAAGAAGAAGGCCGACGAAGCCAUUGCAGGAGCAGAGGCGGCAAGAAAGGCAGCUGAGAACGGUGUUCGCGAGGCCACAGCCGCCAAGGAAGACGCUGAAAGGCGACUUAAGGAGGGCAUCCAGCCUGUCGUAACGCCCACCCCUCGAGAAAUUCUCGCUGCCCAAGAAAAAAUUCAGUAUCAGGAAAAUCUAUUCCAUUUCGCUGUUGCUGGGAGGGCUGGAGGGGGAAAGUCGUCUCUCGUCAACGCAUUCCGUGGUAUGAGUAACCGUGCAGUUGGUUCCGCUCGGACAGGGGUCAUAGAGACCACACUGACGGUGGGAAGAUAUCCAGACCCUGACGAGCGGUGCCAACAUGUAUGGUACGACCUCCCUGGAGCAGGGACGAUGAAGAUCCCGGAUUGGCAAUAUUUCAACGCGCAGGGACUCUACGUCUUUGAUUGCAUUGUCGUCCUGUUCGAUAAUCGGUUCACCCAGACCGACAUCGCUAUUCUCCUCAAUUGCAGGCGCUUCAAAAUCCCCACUUACAUCGUCCGCUCAAAAGCUGACCAGCAUAUCCGAAACAUCAUGAAGGAGAUGGGGUACGAAAGCGAUGAUGAAAACUUCGAUCGGACCCAACGGUCGGCCAUGUACGUGGCUGCGAGAGAGCAGCUAGUCGAGGAAACUCGCCGCAAUGUCAAGGCGAAUCUUGCGGAGGCGAAUCUACCUGAUCACAAGGUUUACGUCGUAUCUAGUAGCUGUCUGCGAACUGUGGCCAAAGGCGAGCAGUCUCCAAGGGUCAUCGAUGAAAUCAACCUGCUGAAUGACCUAUACAUGGAGGCGCAAGCUAGGCGGGUCCGCCGUGAGGAGUCAGAAGGGAUUUCUACCUCAGAAAUCGGUCCCAAGUAAUUGGUCAGCUUUGGAAGUUUCGUUUUUCAGAUUCAGUGGAUGGUACAUGCACGAUUGCCCGUGUUUCGGAAUUUCACGUUCAUCAUGGAUAUAUGCAUCUAAUACCGAAGUACAUAUACGCUCGGUUUUGUAACUUGACAGUUCUACUUUUUUUCAGCUAUGACUGCGCGAGGGGUCCUGAUAACUGUCCUUCUCCUUAUUGAUACAGACUCUACUGUAUCAUCAGUCAAAGAUACCUUUGAAUUGUUGAUAUUCUGUACUACCUUUGACCUUCUCGUCAUUAUAGGGAACAUUGCGCGUCAUUUCAACUUUCAA